CACACACACCGAAGCUGAGAGGAAACAACACAAGCUAAACAAAAAGGUGAAAAUGAAAGACACUGGUGCGUCAAAUGAAGAUUAAUGAAUCUUCGGUACUAGUACGCAGAGAUAAGGAUAAGGAUACGUUCGCGUAAAUCUUCUGGAAAUGUCUCCGCUGCGUGCGUUUGGAGACGUGGUGGCGUUCAUUACGCUUUAAAGCGUUCAUUUCUCGUUCAGGUCAUAUCUCGGAUAGAUGAUGAACGACUCUGCAGCGUCGUGCCACUCUGGUGAGCUCUUUAACGGCUCGUUGCCCUGCGCGAACCUCUCGGUACCCGACUACGACGCGACGUCCUUUACGCACGUCUUCCCCGCUGUGUACGGGAUCCUGUGCUCGGUCGGCGUCCUCGCCAACGCGCUGGUGAUCUACGCUGUAGCCACGUGCAAGAAGAAGUUGGUGUCGGACGUGUACGUGUUGAACCUGGCCGUGGCAGACCUGCUCUUCUUGCUCGUCAUGCCCUUUAACAUACACCAGCUCGUGUGGGAGCGUCAGUGGGUCUUCGGCGCGUUCAUGUGCAAAGCCGUGGUGGUGAUGGACGUGAGCAACCAGUUCACCACUGUAGGCAUCGUCACUGUACUCUGUAUAGACAGGUACAUCGCCAUCGUCCAUCCCAUGUCUGAGAACCGCACCAUCCAGUGGACAAUCAUCAUCAACCUACUGGUGUGGCUCGGCAGUUUUCUGCUCACCAUCCCGGUCAUGAUCUAUGCCAAAGUAAUCUCCAAGAAGAACUCGAGUGUGUGCAUGAUAGACCUUAAUGGUCCCCAAGACAUGUACUGGUACACCCUGUACCAGUCUACACUGGGUUUCUUUGUACCCCUCAUCAUCAUCAGCACCUUUUACUCUCUGACCCUGUACCAUGUAUUCCAGUCAAUGCGCCGGGUCAAGCGAAAACAGUCCCUGUGGGCCAAGAGAGCCACCAAGAUGGUUCUGAUGGUUAUUGCACUCUUCCUGCUGUGCUGGACACCGUAUCAUGUGAUACAGAUGAUCAACUUGGGUAUCCAAAAGCCGACCACAUCCUUUGUCUAUGCCUACAACAUCAGCAUCUGCCUGAGCUACUCGCACAGCUGCAUCAACCCACUUAUGCUUCUGAUCUUUGCACAGAACUACCGUGAGCGUCUUUGCCGUCAUCGUGAAACUCGCAACAACAUGUCCAAGAACACGGUGAAGACGGAGGGAUGCUCCAGCGUGAGUCCCGAUACCGCCCACCGCCUGACCAUCAUCUAAUUCCUGCUAUCCUGUUUGCCAAUUAAGGAGAAUCCUUAAUAUUUGGGUUUUGCUGACAGUGAGGGUUCUAAGUGAAACCUGUUCAUGAAGCAAAGAAUGCUUCAUUGUUCAAAGAACCCUUGAGGAAACCUUGAGGAGAGCUUGAUCAAACAUAACCAGUAAAAGGUUCCUUUCUCAAUAUAUCUUCAGUGCAUCACCUCUAGUUUUGCUCAUUAUGGAUCCAGAUUUCUCUAAAGCUGCUUUCUGUUGCUUUGUGGAAACAUGUUUAUGGUUAAAAGUGAUAUACGUAGGGGGCACGGUGGCUUAGUGGUUAGCACGUUCGCCUCACACCUCCAGGGUUGGGGAUUCGAUUCCCGUCGCCACCUUGUGUGUGUGGAGUUUGCAUGUUCUCCCCGUGCCUCGGGGGUUUCCUCCGGGUACUCCGGUUUCCUCCCCGGUCCAAAGACAUGCAUGGUAGGUUGACUGGCUUCUCUGGAAAAUUGUCCGUAGUGUGUGAUUGCGUGAGUGAAUGAGAGUGUGUGUGUGUGUGCCUUGCGAUGGGUUGGCACUCCGUCCAGGGUGUAUCCUGCCUUGAUGCCCGAUGACGCCUGAGAUAGGCACAGGCUCCCCGUGACCCGAGGUAGUUCGGAUAAGCGGUAGAAAAUGAGUGAGAGUGAGUGAGUGAGUGAUAUACUGUACGUAUGAAAUUGAACAUUACGGAGUAGGGUGUGGUCGGGACAUGAUGACGUAUCUGCUGAAUACAUGGAGAGAGGAAAAGGUGAGAUGGGAUCAGAAAGCAAAGAAAAAAAGUACAGUGAGGAAGCCAUGAAUUCUGCCAGGAUUUUGAAAAAUUGCAUUGUCAAAUCUUUCAGUGUGUUUUAAGCAACAUGUGGACAACAGCGUUGUUAGGGUUGCAGAACAAAACCUUCACAUGAACCUGAAGAAAAUAAACUCAGCAAUCCAGAUUUCUGACCAAAUGGAUGAACUUCAUUUAUUAUUCUGAUAUUCUGCUUGGAUCUUUGUGUUUUUGCUCGUGAGCUACUAGUAAGCUAUGGCAGAUAAUUGUUUGUAAAGAAAAUACAACCUGUUAGUUAAUGUAUUAUUUUUAUGGAUGUCUAAAAAUUUUGUUGUAAUCUUGGGGCAGAGCAAGAGCCAAGCAGCAUUAAAAGAAAGUGUGACCAGGUAAUUAUUUCAAGGUAUUCAGACAUGUGUCACAGAGGUUGAAGUUGUACACACAUACAGUCAGCAGGUGAUGACCCACAAUUCCAUACUUUGCGGAAGGAAUGCUUUCAGUUCUUUUAAUAGCAUUAUUACCCACAAUGCCCUUCAAGUACCUGCUGAUAUUGGUGCAUUGAGACUUAGCUCUUAUUUUUAGUCAUCUUUACCUAAAUAGAGCAAUGUAACAGUUCAUUAGUCCUUUCAGACUGUUCAGUUCUUUCUCCUCCUCAUUUUGAACUCUGUUUCAAACAGAUCCGCUUCCAAAGUUUCAACUUUUAUGCUAAAAAUCAGUCACCAUCAACUCCUCAACUAAUAGAUUCAUGUCACUAAAAUGAAUUCUGGGACUUUAAAACAAGCAUUUUCACAAAAGUGCAUCUCCAUUUAUUCUACCCCGGAUUUUUACCCCUUUGCUGUGACAUCUAUUUGCUUGUUAAGUAAAGUACAGUAGAAGGCAUUUCAGAAAGCUUAUUCAGAUCCCAAAUGAUUAGCCAGGUUGUUGGUGAGGUUAAAAAAAAUCUACAAACCAGCUACAGACAGCAUUGUUGGGCUGAGAUAAACACGGCAUUGCAAAUGUCUUUUAGAAAUAUUCAGGUGAGAGUUCAAUUGUUUUCAAUAUAAGUGCAUUUUUAGGGUCAGUCAGUGAGGUGCCAUCUGGCAGCUUAAUUGAUCCGGGUGGAGAAAAAUGUGUCCUAUAUAGACAUGGAGACGUGGAACGUGUAUAAGAGACUGCGAAGACAAUGAAAGCUGAGACAGUGUAUGUUGAUGCCGCUGUAGUAUUAGUAUUUCCUUAAUGUUAUGUCAUUUAAAGUCAUUGUAUUAAGUGAAAAUCUUAAAAAUUGUGUUUAUUAAAUGCUGCUAACAUAAACUUACAUUGUUCUGUAUUAGUCGUUCUGUACUAACGAAAAAUCACAAACUAUUAGCUGAGCAGACAAAAAUCCACCUUUUGCCACGCCGUAGUUAACACUGUGUGCAUCAUUAACACUAAACACAUCACAGGGUAGCGUUUUCUUUGACGUAUUCUUCAGCAUGUUAUUACUAUUCAAACUGUGGUCUUUUUUUAAUGUUAUUCAGUUCUUUAUUUAUUCAUUCAGUACUGUGUUCUUUUGUGCGCUCACCACAGACUUGUUGUAAAUAUUGGCUUUGCACUACAUGGCUACAGGGAAGGAAAAGAGCUAAAUGGUUUGUAACCGCUGACAACUGAUUGGUUUAACCUAGUGUAUGUGAUAUGCUCAAAAGCCUUGAAUUCAGAUGUUUAUUGGUAUGUAAAUAGGCUGCAUUUCAUUUUUAAACGCAGGUCUUGUGUAUGCAUGUGAAAUGUGACUGUCUCAUGUUUUUGCUGGUUCUGUUAUGUUCAUUUUCCUCUUCUCCCUCAAGGCGCCGAAGAACAUUUAUUCCCAACGUUAACGUGUUAAGCUUCGGUCAUGUGUAGCCGGCGGAAUUUCGACACCCUGAAUCGGCACAUUGUAAAGCAGAUAAACAAACGACUGGAUUGAAGCUCAGUAGGAGCUGAACAGGUCACACAGAAUGUUGAUGCUCUAUGUUAAAAGCUAUGAAACUGACUAUCACUUGCUAGGAAGGCUGCUUUUUUAAUUGUAUGGAUGAAAUAUGAUCCUGAACUUUUCAUGAUAUUUAACAAUGCUGAAAGAACUUCAAUA